AUGAAUGAAAUCUCCACUAUCUCCGAGCUCGAACAAGAAGAAUUGCUUCUCAAAUCAGAGGGCUUCAAUAUCAAAGACAAAGAUGGACAGGGCCGCAAGAUCAUAUCCCCCGCAUUAUUGGCACAUACUUCCCCCAGCGACCUCAAUAUCUUAAGCAACGAGCAGAUAUCUCAGCGAUCUCUGUCGGUAGUGUGGCGUGCGGAUGAACAGACUUUAGUUCAGUUGUUACAGGCGGACGCGUCAAUCCUCGCCAACAUUCCGUCUGGCUGUCAAACUCCGCUGCACAUAUCAGCACUGCUAGGUAAUGUUCCGUUCACAGAGGCUCUUCUCCAUCGCAACCUCGCCAUCACAGGGGAUUCUUCUGGAAGAACAGCCCUCCACUUGGCUUGUCAGAGGGUAACUUUGCGGAUUGUGCAGAUACUGCUACACUUUAAUAAUGAGCUAUGCUUGGUUCGUGAUGGAGAAAAAAGAAUUCCUCUGCACUACGCAGCUAUCAGAGGCAGAACUGAGGUUGUGCAAGAGCUGAUCAUGGCAAGUCCAGAUUCUCUAAGUCUUGUUGACGGAGAAGAUAGCACUGUUUUUCACUUGUGUGUCACACAUAACCAUUUAGACACUCUCCAAACUUUGGUGAAAUUGGACUAUGCCACUGCCAAUAUUACUGCAGGCCAGCCACGUCCUCCCAUCUUUACGGGGCGCCCUGAUCGAGCUAGGAACACCAUUCUACAUUUAGCUAUCAUGUUAAAGCGAGUUGAGGUGGUGAGCUAUCUGCGGUCAAUUCCAGAAAUAAUGGGGUUCACAGCUGACGAUAUCCUCAUGAAACGAAGUCCAAAAGACUUGGAAAUCUGUGAAAUACAACACAUGUUGACGCCAGAGGAAUUUGAAAUAACUGGUGUGGUGCGUGUUCAUGAUGAUGAAUGA